AUGACCGAACAAAAAGCAGCUUUCAUCAAGGUUCCCACCGACAACACCGAUGGCUUUCAGACAAUGCCCGUGGAGCCCUCAAGACGACUGCCUGACUCCGACAUGCGCGUCGAGCUAUGCACUGAACAGGACGCCGAAAAGAUUGCUGAAGGUCUCUACCUCUGUUUCCCGGACGACUGGUGGGCAAAGAAAGAGCCAUUAGAACUCCGUCCCAAAGAAAACAGCGACCGAAUCCGCAUCCAACGUAUGGUUAAGCGCCUCACCCCAGCCAUCACCGACCCCAACCACAGCUUCAUCAAAGCCGUCCUGACCUCCACCGGCGAAAUAGUAGGAAUAGCAGGAUGGACGCGGCCUUCGAACCCAGGUGUGCACAACAUGUUUCGCCGCAGCGCAAUCGACCACUAUGGCUGGAAAGAGAAGAUGGGCUGGACUGACGAAGAAAUCGAGGAAAUGUGGUCGCACGUCAGCGACGAGACGUGGAACGUUCAGUUUGGCAAAGACGACGAGAUGAGGAGGGAGAUUACGGAGGAGCAGCCCCAUUGGUAUCUCGCGCCGUUGCUUACGUGGCCGGAGUAUCAGGGGAGAGGUGUGGGGAAGAGGUUGUUGAAUUGGGCGAUUGAACAGGCGGAUGCCAAUGACCCGCCUACGCCAAUGUAUUUGGAAUCUAGACCGAGUGCUAGGGCGGUUUAUAUGCAUAUGGGAUUUGUGCCAUGCGGGGAUUAUAAUAUGCUGAGGAAGGGACCGGCGGUUGUGAAGGGUUUGGAGGCGGAGGAUGAGGGGAAGAAUGAGGGGGAUAAGGAGAAGUUGGAAGGGAUUAGUGUAGAGGUUGCGGAGAAGAAUACGCAGGUUGAUAUUGCAGGCUGA